AUGCCUGAAGAAGUUGGUCACCAUGCUCGAGGCAUUUCCAAUCCAGACAGACUCCUGACGCAGCACAGAGAAUCACCAGGAAGUACUAUCACUACCCAAAGCCCUGAGAGCAGCGAGUUGACGGGACGUGGCAAUGUCUCUGGGGGCGACCAGCAGACUACAGUAGUGAGUGCGACUUCCUCGCUUCACUCUCAAUCACCAGAUACAAUUGCGAGUACCAGAGCCACGCGCCCAUCCCUGCAGAAGACCGGCCAAACUCGUCUGGCUCUCCUCAUCCAGGCAAGCAGUUCCCAUGAUUCCUUGAACCAGCUUUCACCCACAAUGUCUAGUGCAUGGCUCAACGGACAUGGGCAAGACGAGUCCCUGCCUCAUUAG